GACCUCAGUGAGUUUUUGGUUUACACUCAGGUUGUGAGAAUAUUCGAAUCUUUAGUUUAAUCCUGCGAUACUGCAAUAUGAUUGGUUUAGCAACAUUUAUGUAAUUAUGCGCUUCAUGGUAUGUAGCUCACCCUAUCCUUGUACAUGCUGGGUCUUCAAAUUUGAUGCUGUUUCUGACGCUGAUACCUUCAAGAGAAACAGACAAAUACCCCCUGCGAAAGAAAAAACCCAAAUAACAAUCCUCUGCAAUUCAAGCAAUAAACAAGAAUUCCCUUUUGAAGCUCCUAACCAGAGAUUUGCAAGAUCUGCACAGGAAUGGUUUCCAAAACAUUAAUAGUGGUGUUGAUUGGUCUUCUGGGAAUGGUAUAUCAGGCCACACAGCUUCCUCCUCCAAACAGUAUUAAUGACCCUCCUGUUACUUCUCCAAGAAUCAGGCUCAGUGAUGGAAGGUAUCUUGCCUACACGGAGAGGGGUGUUCCUAAGAACCAAUCAAACUACAGGAUUGUUAUUGUUCAUGGUUUUGGAAGUUCCAAAGAUAUGAAUUUCCCAGCAACCCAAGAACUAAUAGAAGAAUUGGGGAUAUACUUUCUGCUAUAUGAUCGAGCUGGUUAUGGAGACAGUGACCCAAACCCAAGGCUCUCAGUCAAAAGGGUUGCUUUCGACAUUCUUGAAAUUGCUGAUCAGCUAAAUUUAGGAGCCAAGUUUUAUCUGAUUGGAGUUUCAAUGGGUUCAUACCCCACCUGGAGUUGUCUUAAAUAUAUCCCACACAGGCAAAACAUUGAACAGCUCGCAGGUGCAGCUCUUAUUGCUCCAGUAGUCAAUUAUCAAUGGCCUUCUCUUCCUUAUAGUCUGAUAAAAAUGGACUACAGAAGAAAACUAGUCCUUUGGUCACUUUGGAUUUCAAAGUAUGCUCCUGGAUUACUUCACUGGUGGGUUACUCAGAAAUGGUUUCCUUCAACUUCUGUCGUGGAAAAGAACCCUGUUUUCUUCAGCGACCGAGACAUUGAAAUCCUCAAGAAGACCAAAGGGUUCCCAAUGCUCACCCAGGAUAGAUUACAAGAUCGAGGUGUUUUCAAUACUCUUCGAGAUGACUUUUUGAUGGGUUUUGGAGAUUGGGAGUUUGAUCCAAUGGAACUAAGUAAUCCAUUUCCAGAAAAUGAAAGCUCUGUUCAUAUCUGGCAAGGUUAUGAAGAUAAAGUUGUGCCAUUUCAAAUUCAGAGAUAUAUUUCAGGGAAGCUCGGUUGGAUUAAAUACCAUGAAGUUGUUGAUGGUGGGCAUUUGAUUGUGCAUUACAAUGGUGUCUGUGAUUCUGUUUUAAGGGCGCUUUUGGUUAGUAAAGAUUGCCCUGUACAUAAGUCAAGUACAGAAUGAUUGUUAUUGUACAUUGUUUGAAAAUCUGAUCAUGUAAGCAGAUUUGAAGAUGCAGUUGUGUUUCCAUAGGUUGUUAUUCGGAAAAAUGGAGUAAAAAUAUUUCAUUCUUUUCAGAA